AUGUACCCGGGUCAAAAAUACAGACAGCAACAACAGAAUUCUCCUAACCCGGCCCAUCCGGUCGGAGCGCCAGGUCAACAUAACUCGCAAUAUCCACCUGUGGGUGCGCCAGGACAACAUAAUUCCAAUUAUCAACCACCUCCACCACCUUACGGUGGCCCAGGAGGGUUUUCUCCGCCCGGAACAUAUGGUGCAUAUCCACCGAUGCCAUCAACUGGAGGUUAUGGGCCUCCACCUGGUGGACCCUAUCCUAAUGCAGGUUAUGCUCCUCCACCCGGUGGGCCGUAUCCUGGUGCAAGCUAUCCUCCGCCUGGCGGAACAACCUAUCCUCCUCCAUCAGGAGGAUACGCUCCACCACCAAAUCCAAAUCCGUACGCUCCACCGCCAAAUCCGUAUGCUCCGCAGUCAAAUCCAUACGCUCCACCACCAGGUCCGUAUGCUCCUCCAUCCGGUGCAUCCCAUCACGGACCAUAUCCACCUCCACCUAAUGCAGGUCAUCAGCACGGUUAUAAUGCAGGGCCUCCACAUCAAGGAUUCCAAUUAAGCGCUUGCACAGGACGAAAAAGAGCUCUAUUGAUUGGGAUUAAUUACGUAAAAACCAGGUUUGAGUUGAAAGGUCACGGUGGGCAGAAAAGAGAUACCGAUGGGGAUGAAGACGAUGGUUAUGACGAGACAAUUAUGCCCGUGGAUUUUCAAACAGCUGGAGAGAUAGUUGACGAUGAGAUGCACGCUAUUUUAGUUCGUCCACUUCCCCCAGGCUGUCGUUUGACCGUAAUAUUUGACUCCUGCCAUUCCGGUACCGCUCUCGAUCUUCCGUACCUUUACUCAACGAAAGGUUUGAUCAAAGAGCCUAACCUCCUUUCUGACGCAAAAUCGUCACUCAUGGACGCCGGAAAGAGCUACCUACGUGGAGAUAUAAAGGCGAUAGGUGCCUCAUUGUUUGCGCUCGGGAAAAAAGCGGCGACUGGACAGAAAGUUGCAAAAAAGAACAAGGAAACCAAGAGUAGUCCCGCGGAUGUUAUAAUGUUCAGUGGUUGUAAAGAUUUACAGACAUCCGCGGAUACAAUGGAGGCUGGGCAGAACACCGGAGCCAUGUCGUAUGCAUUUAUCAAAACAUUGAGCCAAAACAAAAACAUAACAUACCAACAGCUAUUAAAUGGUGUUAGAGAAAUUCUUGCUGCAAAGUAUUCGCAGAAGCCGCAGCUUAGUUCGUCUCAUCCAAUGGACAUGAAUAUGAUGUUCACAAUGUGA